AUGACUUUCGCGCCGUCUGAGUCCGGGAAGGAGGGCUCUGAACUGGACAAGGGCCCUGUCUCGCGGUGUGAACGCGGGUACGUGCACAGGCGCCCGCGGAAGCUCGGGUCCUCGGGUGCCCAGCGUGGGGCCUGGCGGCACCGGCUGAGCACCACGGGUGCUGUGCUGCACUCAGCUCCUGGCAGCCGGCCUGGUCAGGACGGUGCCGAGGGAGUGGAGGCAGCAGGAAUGAGCGACGGCCGGCGGGUGAGAGGCUGGGCCACCUUCCGGAGAAGCCUUAUCUCCGUGACACACGCCAGGCCCCCUGCCCCACGGGCCCGGCGGCGCAGGAUCUGUGGGAUCCAUUUUACCGUCAAAGGACUGAUCCGAGAAGAAAACGGUCCCGGCCGGCCGUGCCGAUACGCCUCCCCCGGUGACCAUCGGGGUGGUCUGGGCAUCACCCGGGCAGGGGAGGCGGUGAGGGGUCUGAGCCCCAGCCCAGGACCCGGGCGCCUGAGGCGUCACGUCGCAUCGGAUGCCGAGGCUGCUUGUGCUUCCCAGCGAGCGCUGCUGGCAUCCCAGGCUCACCGGCCAGCCCGUGGCGCCGCCCAGCCUGCGGUGCGCACCUGCCGCGCCGAGAGGGCCCCUCGCAGGGCGGUCUGGAGCACCCAGGACAAGGAGGGGAAGCAGGCAGAGACAGGAGGCGUGCUCAGCGACGGGUCUGACGCCACACAGCACGGCCUCUGCGGCCGACCCCUGACCCCACGAGCCACGGCCGACCCCUGUCCCCACGAGCCGCGGCCGACCCCUGUCCCCACGAGCCGCGGCCGACCCCUGUCCCCACGAGCCGCGGCUGCCCCCUGCCCCCAGGAGCGAGGUGGCGGGCAGAAGACCCCACAGCAGGCACCUGGGGGCCUGGGGGAGGGUGGUGAAUGUGCCCCAGAGGGCGCCGGGAUCGGGGGGCAGGUGCAGAUGGUGGCCGUCAGCUCCGCGGCUCCAGGCGACGUCCUGUCCGUGGUUCCCAAGCCUCCUGCCCCUGGGCACUUGCACCCCGGAGGGCGCAAGCAGGUGUUAGCAAGCUGCGCAACCCUCCAAGGGUUGGCCAACCCUGAGACGGAGCACAUCAGCGACUGCGAGAGUCUCCUCCCGGGGCCUCAGCCACGGCUCCUAAGGCCCACGCUGGCGGUCCAGCAGAGCCGGCAUGGUGAGGAGGGCGCUGGAAGGAGAGGUGGAGGGAAGGCCCUGUACCUGGAGGGGCCGGGCCGCGGCACCGCUGAGCCCGCACGGGGAGCAGACCCAAGGCCCCUGAUGGGUGCCGUGGGCCUCGGUACCCGCGACUCACCAGCGUGCACGACUUCCUGCAGUGUCGCCUGCCGCAGCCCUCACCCCGGCCGGAGCAGUGCCCACAGCUCCCGAAUUGAGCGCCCACAUGUCUGCAAUGGAAAGUUCCAUGGUGAUGACUGCACACAGGUGCUGCCCGUGCAUCUCGGCGGCGCUGCUGUCCGGGUCCAGUUCCGGUUCCGGCUGUGCGAUGAGGAAGAGGGCGGGGACCUGGUCCAGCCGGGCAUCAGCUUUCCGGGGCCAGCAGAGGAGGAUCUAGACCAGCAGUACUCAUGGUCCCCGACGCCGCACUUCAAUGAGGGGAGGUACUCGCCGGCUCCCAGGAACAUGAAGGGGCUGCCGGGGGGCCGGGCGCCCGCCCCGCUGUGCUCGGCACACACCUGCGGCCUGGCGGCCCCCGAGGACUGCGAGCACCUGCAGCGGGCGCAGGAGGCCAGGCCGCCCUGCCUGCUGAGCCCGGUGGACGGCUGCCCCCUGGACCACCACCGCUGCUCGCCCGGCAGCUCGGUGCACUCGGAGUGCCUGGUGAUGCCCGUGGUGCUGGGCGAGCACGUGUCCAGCAGCACCUUCCCCAGGAUGCACUACAGCUCCCACUACGACUCGAGGGACGACUGUGCGGCGCCGCACGCCGGCGCCAGGGCCACCCGCAUCCCCGCCAACCUGCUGGGCCAGUUCGAGAAGCAGGGCCCGCCGCGCAGGGACGGCUUCCACACGCUGCAGUACCAGCGGGCGCCGGCGGCCGCGGGCGCGCGCGGCGAGAGCCCGGGCAGGAUACGCCACCUGGUGCACUCGGUGCAGAAGCUCUUCACCAAGUCCCACUCGCUCGAGGGCCCCGCCAAGGGCCACGUCAACGGGGCCAAGGGCGACGGCCGCGCGGAGGACCCCCUGCACGCGCACCACCCCAGGCACGGCAAGCGGAGUAGAAGCAAGGAGCGCAAGCCCGAGAGCAGGGCCCGCGCGGGCGCCGGCAGCUGGCGGAGCUCCGACGACAACCUGGACAGCGACAGCACCUGCCGCGCGCCCAGCGUGGCCGACCGGCUCCGCGUGGGCGCCGUCUCCCGCUGCUACCCCGGCGCGCUGCCCGGCCCCUUCGGGGACCUGUCCCUGAGGACGUCCAAGAGCAACAGCGACGUCAAGUGCUCGGCCUGCGAGGGCCUGACCCUGACGCCCGACGCCGGGUACCUGAAGCGGAGCUCCUGGUCCACGCUGACGGUGAGCCAGGCCAAGGAGGCCGUCCGCAAGGGCUCGCUGCGCCUGGACAGGCCGCCGCCCCCCCCGGACGCCCAGCCCGCCCCGAGGCCGUGCCACUACCUGCAGGUGCCCCAGGACGAGUGGGGGGGGUGCCCCCCGGGGGGCAAGGACCAGGAGAUACCCUGCCGGAGAAUGAGGAGCGGGAGCUACAUCAAAGCCAUGGGCGACGAGGAGAGCGCCGAGUCCGACUCCAGCCCCAAGACGUCCCCCACGGCGGCCAUGCGGCCGGACCCCCUGCUCAAGCCCGUCGGACCGAGGCCGCUGGCCGAUCUCCAAACCCAGAGCUACCUGCAAGCGGCAAGGGACGCGUCUGCUGCCCACAGCCUGGACCUCUCUGCCAAGUACAACUCCCCGAAGUUCCGCUCCCGGAACCAGAGCUACAUGCGAGCCGUCAGCACCCUGAGCCAGGCCAGCUGUGUGAGCCAGAUGAGCCAGGCCGAGAUGAACGGGCAGUUCGAGUCGGUGUGUGAGUCCGUCUUCAGUGAAGUCGAAUCCCAGGCCAUGGACGCCCUGGACCUUCCCGGAUGCUUCCGGACGCGCAGCCACAGUUACCUCCGAGCCAUCCAGGCCGGUUACUCCCAGGACGAUGAAUGUAUUCCCGUGAUGACGCCCUCCAACACCACCUCGACCGUCAGAUCCGCAGCAGCCGUGUCGUACGCAAACUACAAGAAGACCCCGCCGCCCGUGCCCCCGCGCACCACCUCCAAGCCCCUGAUCUCGGUGACGGCGCAGAGCAGCACCGAGUCCACGCAGGACGCCUACCAGGACAGCCGUGCCCAGAGGGCGUCCCCAUGGCCCCAGGACACCCGUGGCCUCUACAACUCCACGGACAGUCUGGACAGCACCAAGGCCAUGAGCCUCGCCCUGGAGACGGCCGCGGCCCAGCGCCUCGCUGCCGAGGGCCAGGGCGGCCCCACGCGGGCCAGCGACAAGGCCGUCCUGUCCAAGGCCGAGGACUUCCUCAAGAGCCGGCACUCCUCCAUCGGGAUCCAGGAUUCUGAAUUCCCAGAGCGUCAGCCAUACCCAAGGUCAGAUGUGGAAACAGCCACCGAUUCGGACACGGAGAGCCGAGGCCUGCGGGAAUACCACUCUGUUGGCGUCCAGGUGGAAGAUGAGAAGCGACACGGACGCUUUAAGCGCUCGAACAGCGUGACGGCCGCCGUCCAGGCAGACUUGGAGCUGGAGGGCUUCCCGGGACGCGUCACCAUGGAGGACAAGGGCCUGCAGUUCGGCCCCGCCCUCCAGCGGCACUCGGAGCCCAGCACGCCCACCCAGUACGGGGCGGUCAGGACUGUGCGGACGCAGGGGCUCUUCAGCUACAGAGAGGACUACAGGGCGCCCGUGGACGCGGCCACCCUGCCGCCGCCCGAGCCCUGGCUGGAGCCGUCCGUGGACACGGGGGACCCCGGGAGGACGUCCCCGGGCCGCCGGGACGGCUCCUGGUUUGUGAAGCUGCUGCACACGGAGACCAGCAGGAUGGAAGGCUGGUGCAAGGACAUGGAGAGGGAGGCCGAGGACAACGACCUCUCGGAGGAAAUCCUUGGGAAGAUCCGGAGCGCCGUGGGGAGCGCGCAGCUUCUGAUGUCCCAGAAAUUCCAGCAGUUCUAUUGGUUGUGCCAACAGAAUAUGGACCCCAGCGCCAUGCCGAGACCCACCUCCCAGGACCUGGCGGGCUACUGGGACAUGCUGCAGCUGUCCGUUGAGGACGUCAGCAUGAAGUUUGACGAGCUGCACCAGCUGAAGCUCAACGACUGGAAGAUAAUCGAGUCUCCGGAAAGAAAGGAAGAAAGAAAGGUCCCCCCUCCAAUACCAAAGAAGCCCCCCAAAGGAAAAUUUCCUAUCACGAGAGAAAAGUCCCUGGACCUGCCGGACAGACAACGUCAGGAAGCCCGGAGGCGGCUCAUUGCUGCCAAGCGGGCGGCCUCCUUCCGCCAGAAUUCGGCCUCGGAGCGUGCAGACAGCAUCGAGAUCUACAUCCCGGAGGCCCAGACACGCCUCUAGGGGCGCCUUUCCCUCUCUUUUCUUUUUAACAAAAUGCUUGUACAGUUUCUCACCUA